AUGCUGCUACGCAGCGCGCUGACCCCGCUACGGAUACGUCUUUCCUGCUAUUCCUCCUCGACCGUAUCCACUGCGGUAUCGGCUACAUGUCUACGUGAUAUCGCUCGCUCGGGGGCCCGUGUAGUGAAGCUGCAGCUGUCCAAGUCCAGCGACUUGGUGUGUCGUCAACUCAUGUGCGAACACGUUGGUGACGCCUGUGCCUGUCGUCUGGCAUUGACAUUGGAGCGUGUUCCACGUCUACAGCGUCUCGACCUGUCCAACAACCAGCUGCGUGACCUGCCGGACGCUGUGUACGCGCUGCAGUCACUGGAGACGCUCGACUUGCAGCAGAACCGGCUGACGUCGCUGCCCACAGACGUCCACAAACUUACGCAGCUCGAGACGCUCGAUAUUAGACACAAUAAAUUGGAGACACUACCGGUGCAGCAACUGGAGACGCUCACAAAACUGCAGACUCUGCGGGUGGCGGGUAAUACCGAGUUGAUACAAUCUUUGAAGGACGGACAGCUCUCCAUGUCGGACGAGCUAAAGAAAAAGAUCGAGCUGGACUAG